AGGCCGAGUUCCCCGCGCACUUCUUCAUUCCACCCUCUCGUCUCCAGCUGCAGAUCUGAGAAGUGAGAAAAAGAUCUCCAGAAGCCACACUCGCCGUGACUGACCUGACAAGAAAUCCGUGUUUAUCAUACAACUGGAAGAUGAAGCUGUCCGUGUGUCUCCUGUUCCUGGGCUGCCUGGUGCUUGUGACCGAAGCCAUCCCCGCACCUCGCGAGGAGGACCUGCAAGGCCUGCUGACCGAGUUAGAAGACUCGGUUGAUGAGCUAGAAGGUGCAGUGGCAGAGGCGGGAAUGGAAAAGCGUCGUCAUUAUGCGUUUCGAGUAUGCAUAAUGAAUUGCGAAAAGAAGUCUUUUUGGGCUCAACUUCCUUGCAAGGGUAUGUGUGAAAUCAAACAUGGGAAGCGGGACGAAGUUGGACUGGAGGCUGAGGAAGAAGAACUGCAGGAGAAGGCGUUCUUAGCCUGAAGCGGGACUCCAGUGCCUCCGCCUGGUGACGUCACGGCAAUCGAACUGCAGAAAGCUCAGGACCAGGCGGCUGAAGCUGAAGACUUUCAAUAGUUUCAUUAGGUAUAAAGACAUGGGUGAUUAAGUUCUUUGAUUCACAAAUACAAAGGAAUGUACCUGCCUACGUUUCAAUAACCCAUCUGUUAACUUGCUUGGAGCAAUAAUGUUUGGGCCAGCAAUGGUCGUUUUGCAACUGACAUUUACAUCUUAUACGUUUUCUAAUAGCAGUGAUGAUACUAAACAAGGUAGAAUGGUGAUUCGGAUUCUUUUCUUAUAAUUAUUAGUUCUUUUUAACACUUAAAUACCACAGAAUCCCUGAACCGCUGCUACAUCGAAGCGUAUUUCUAAUAAAUAUUAGCAGGGAAUUUAACUGAGGAUAAUUAUCUGCAGUUUUAAACAAUUUCAGGACAUGUGCGUGAACAUUCUGUACAUCUAAGAAAGCAAUGGAAAUGAAUGUUUGAAUAUGAAGGAUAAUAAAAGUGGUGACUGGUUUAAAUUCAUGUUUCUGUGUUGUUCU